CUCAGCAUUUCCGGCCCGCUCUCCUCCCUUCCUUUCAGUUUGGGCUGUUGGUCUGGCCGCGGUGGGGCAACGAUGGCCGAGUUGGACAUUGGACAGCACUGCCAGGUGGAGCACUGCCGGCAGAAAGAUUUUCUUCCAUUUGUAUGUGAUGGCUGUUCAGGAAUAUUCUGCCUUGAGCACAGAAGCAGGGAAUCUCAUGGCUGUUCUGAGGUGAACAUAAAAAAUGAAAGAUUGAAGACUGAUGACCAUUCAUCUUACCCUUGUUCAUAUAAGGACUGCAGUGGAAGAGAGCUUGUGCCAGUGUUAUGUCCCUUCUGUGAGAAGAAUUUUUGCCUGAGACACCGGCACCAGUCAGACCAUGAAUGUGAAAAGCUAAAAGGUCCUCAGGCUCGAAUGGCUGCCACUAAGCAGCUUGUUAAAGAGAUCAUAGAUUCCAAGAAAGGAGCAGCGAUAAACAAAGGACGCAGAGGUGCAAAGAACAGUGAAACUGCAGCAAAAGUUGCACUAAUGAAAUUAAAAAUGCAUGCUGAUGGCGAUAAAUCUCUGCCUCAGACAGAAAGAAUAUACUUUCAGGUAUUCUUACCUAAAGGGAGCAAGGAGAAAAGCAAACCCAUGUUCUUUUGUUGUAAAUGGAGUAUUGGCAAGGUGGUAGAUUUUGCAGCUUCGUUAUCUAACCUUAAAAAUGAGAACAACAAGGCAACAGCCAAGAAAUUAAGAUUGUGUAAUAUUGCAACAGGAGAAGCCUUACCUUCAGAUCAGACUUUGGAAACAUGGAUUGCUAAAGAAGAUUGCCCUUUAUAUAAUGGUGGAAAUAUUAUCUUAGAAUAUCUUGAUAAUGAAGAGCAAUUUUUGGAAAAUGCAGAUUCUUACUUAAAGUAGCCUUUCAAGGAUAGCCCUCAAUAGCCAAUGAUGCUUGUUAAAGUUAACUUGUUAAAUAUUAACACUGUACUCUUCAAAGAAAGGUGCAUUUAAGUUUAGUUCCACAAUAACAAUGACAUUUAUUUAAUGAGCUUUUACAUAAAAUAUUUUUGUAAUUAUGCAGAAAAUGAUGGUAAAAUAAGCUUGGGGCUAGUAGCUAAGUAUCAACAAAUUCAGAUUUUGAAGCAUCAAAUAGCACAUAAGAAACAUACUAUGAUAGAUAGUAGUUAUUUGUCUGAAACUUCAUCACCAGAAGUAGUACAUUCGUCCCUUGUGAAAGAAAGGAAUGAAAGAAUUUGAGGAAAAUGCAGGUUGGCAGAGUGAAGAUAUAGGAGUUGGAUGGAUUGCAGAAGACAGAAUGUGCGGAAGGGACUCUUCGAAUUCUAAGAGUGGGUUCUGAAAUGGUUAACUGUCAGCCUGGAGGCAGGGUGGUGAGAAAGCAGUAAGAGAGGUCACAGCUUCUGAAUGUGGCUCUUCUGAUUUAUCUGUAAUCCUUGGCUAAUUUCCUACUUUGGUUCCUGGUCAUCCCUGUGAGAUUCCAGCCAGCAAGUUCCUUACUCUAGUCAAAUGUACUGAACUACUAAGAAGAUAAAAUACCAUCUUAACUGAGUUGAUCUCCUAAGUUACCUUUUCAGGCUUAGCCUGCAUUAUUUGGUGAUUAGAUCAGUCCUGUCACCUGACUCCGGAUCCAGAAACUAUAUCUGCAACCUUACCAAAAACUAUUUUGGAUGGGCUCAGACUAGGCCAGUUAGAAAGGAAGACUGAGGAAAUUAGAGAAGGGAGGCAGAGUAGCCCCAACAGUGUUGGAGGCUGAAGAGACCCUUGUGGGUCAGAGGGUUCUGGGAUAGAGUUUUAUUAGCCCAGGGAAUUCCCUAGCCCUACAUUCCUACCCAAUUCUAGUUAUUACCUUUAAUGUAAAAGCCUGUUAAGAUCAAGAAGUCAGAUUUGUGUUUCUCAGAGCUCCAGGCCUGAGGGUAGCCAUCUUGCCCUUGGAUCAGGGUGAAGCAGCUACAACAAACUGAUACACUAUCAACCUUAAGGGUAAAUCUAUAGUCUUUCAGUUGACUGAGCCAGCAUGGCUUUGAAUUGAGUCAGUUGAAGUUUUGGACCUACAAAGCCUCUGGGACAGUGAUUGGGUGGCCCUAUUGGAAAAUUUUCUCAGGUCUGAGUUGCUGAAAUUUACCUAGCAACCAGGCUAACCAAUCAGAAUAAAUCACCAUUGGGGGUAGGGGGAUUUAAAAGGUCAGGUUUAAAUAACAUUUUUCCUGUCAAAGGGCUUGAGAAAACAAUGAAAGUUCAAAAACGUAGUGGUCCAUGGGUGUAUUGGCAGCAGUAUACCAAUGCAUCUUAGUCUGUUAUAAUCUUUACCAACAUACCAGAUAUUUUUAUACUUCCUGAUGAAUACAUAUGGAAGUUUAAAGUGGCUAAAGAUGGAAAUGGACAGGGCAAUAUCAUAUGUCCCAAUGCUGCUGGUGAUAUUCUCUACACUAUUGAAGAUCAUUUUACUGGAAAUCUGGUUUUUGGCAAAGUACUGGGGAAAAGGGCUGUGGGAAAGAAUGACGAUUUGAAAGUGAUGAUUUUGGCAUUAAAGGGAGGCAUGGAAAAGAAACUAACUGGGGAAAUUGAGGCACUGAAAACUAAUAAGGCAGAACAAAAAGAUGAUACCCAAUUAAGAGCUGAUGGAAAUCAGAGUAUUACAGCUGCUGCUGUUCCAUUGCAUGACCUAACUCGCCUCCAGCUGGAAGCAAGAAUAGUGCAUAUAAAAACCCAUAAGCCUUUUAGUGCUGCAGAUUUGGACCACCUGAGAAAGAGAAUUCCAAAAUAUGAAGAACCCCUGAGGUGCAUGAAAGAGUUCAGGAAAGCAAUAAGGCUAUAUGAAGAUACAGAACUUUUGCUUUCUGAGCUUUUUACAAAAAGAGAAAAAGAACAGUUUGUGAAGGAAACCAGGGGCAACCUAAAUCUAACAUCAUGGCCUGAGAGCACUCAGGAUUUAGAAUUAUCUAACAUAGAUAAUUUGAGAUUUUUAGGCCAGGGGGGAAAUUCAAUUUUAAAAGCAAUUAGAAUUCAUUCUAAAAGACCAGAUAAAUGAACAUCCUAGUGCAAACAUCAACAACAUGGAAAUAGGUUCUGAUCAAGGACAUAAGUAAUACCCAAUGAAAUUGCACAUUGGCUGCAGGAAGGGUGGAUGGAGGGGAGUGAGAGAAAUAAUGUGAUUAUUGUAACCAAGGAAUAAUGUUCUAAAUUGACUAAAUAAACUAAUUCAAAUGGGGGGAAAAAUAGACCAGAUACUUGGGGGAAAUUUGAGAUAUUAAAGCAGGAACCAGGGGAGAAUCCUUCCACAUUUUUAGACAGAAUAAUAGAAAUAGGGAAAAAUUAGGAUUUGGAGAUCUGUCAAAACAGAAUUUGCAAUAUAUCAGGAGGCAGUUUGUAAAAGGCAACUGUCUACAUGUUAAAAUUUAGAUUAACAGUAUCCAGGAUGGAAAUCUCUUGGAUUAGAGGAGUUAAGGAAGAAUGCUAUUUAUAUAUUUUUAUGAGGAAAGGGAUGAAUUAGUCUAAGAGUUAAGGAAUCAGUUGAGAGAGGCAAAUAAAAAAUUGAAGGAGAGAGAAAUUGAAGAGGUGAAAACCAUGGCAACAUUAAAAGCUUAUCUGACCCAGUGGAAUCACGAGUCAGCUUUGUCUUUAAUGAAUAAUGCUUGGAAAUGAUCAAAUAAAAUAUUAUUUUAAAAAAAAAAAAACUUAUCUGCCUGGACAGGAGUAUGCAUCAAGAGGACAAAGAAAUAGUUAAUUGAAAUGUUUCCUGUGCAAAAAGCUAGGACAUUUUUUAAGAGACUGCCAAUUAAGAGCUCAGUUGAAUAACAGCAAUAAUUCAUGUAAUAGCAACAGGAAAACAAGGGGAUGUUGGAAAAAGAAUAGACCAACCUACCAAAAUAACAGGAUCACAGGAGUGUUGUUCCCAUGUGUACACUAAAUCAGCAAUGCAAGGCCCCCUAACCUCAGCACAAGGCAAGAAUCUAAAAUCAAGAGCUCACCCUAAGUCCUUGACAAUAGCUGCAGGAGGGGUAAAACAAGGAGCCCAAUUAUGAAGCCAUGUUUUGGGGGAUGCAGAAAUACAAGGCCUUGUCAAAGGAGAUAGAGAAAAUGAAAAUAAUACCAGAAAUAGAGAAAAUGAGAAUAAUGGGAAGUUUGAGAAUGAAUAAACAGUGCAAGAAAAUAAUAGUGCAGAAACCUGUGAGCAAAAAGAAACAGUUAAAUGAUAGUGAAAAUGGGAACAGUGCUAAUGAAAGAACAGUGUAAGAAGAUAAUAUUACAGUUAGUGAGCAAACAGAAAGUUUACUAGUGGGCACACAUGCAGUGAUAGUAAAAGAAUUUUAGAAUAAAGAAAGAACAGUGAGUGUAAAGGGAAAGAGCAAAUUUGUAUCUAAUCUUUCAUUUGCUAUAUCAUGGCUUCACUAUCAUGGGUUUAAAAAAAUACACAUCUAAUUCUGUAUUGUAGAGUUUUUACUAUUGGGAUUUUGCUGAUGAAUACUGUACUGUGCACAAUGGAAAUGCACUGUGCCGCUACUGCUUGCCCAAGUUUGCCAAGUGUAAGAUUGUACACAGCUGAGCGCAAAGCUAGUGUUUCUGUAUUGGCUGAUGCAAUGAAAAUAGCGCUGUGUUCUGUAUCUAGGGAUUGACUCAGUAUUUCUAAGAGUGGGAAAGGUUAAUAAGAGUGUGGAAAAGGUUUAUAGGAGAGUGGAAAGGAUUAAUACAGCCUUAAAAUAUCUAAAUAAUUAAAUAUAACACCACUACUUCAUGGAUUUUUACCUAUCAUGGGGAUCUCUGGAAUGUAACUCCUGUGAUAGGUGAGAGAUCAUUGUAAUAAUAGAAGAGGCAUAGGAAUAAUAAUAAAAACUUUUAAAGUUUGUAGAGUGCAUUAUAUGUAAUAUCUAAGUCUUAUAAUAGUCCUAUUGGGUAGGGCUGGGGGUGGGAAGAAUGCCAAAUAUUGGGGGUAGGGAAGGGGUUCCUGUACAAAAUGAUCACUAAAUAUUAAAGUUCAUUGUGCCAGAAGCUGUGAAUGACAGUAAUUUUGAAGGAGGAACUAGGAUUUUAGAUUACAGUUAAAGAUGGGAAGAAAGUAGAUAGGAAUUCCAUUUUAAUGUUUAAGAGGCAGAAGGGAAAGAUAUUUUCCAGUUUUUAGAACUAUACAAAGACAGAGGUUGGGUUCUGAAAGAAAUGUGGCAAGAGUUUAAUAGUGUUUAUUAAAUUCAGUGCAAAAAGAUUGAUUUAGCAAAAAUAUACAUAUAGGCAAGGACCUUAAUGUAUCUAGAAAAACUAGACACAUUUAAUUGAAAGAAUACUGAUAUGAAAAUAUGUUGGCUUCAAUACUCAAGUACUUGCUAUCUGUGUAGCCUUGGGUAAAUUAUUCAGUCAGCCUGAGACUCAUUUUUUUAUUUAUAAAAUAGGGUUACCAUUUGUCUUGACUACCCUAUACCAUUGUAAGGAUCCAGUGAAAUAGUGGAAAGAAGUUUUUUUGUUAACCACAGAAUGCUAUGUAAAUAGGCAUCAUGGUAUAGGGGAUGAUGAGCCAGAAUUGGUGUCUGGAAGCUCAGGUUCACACUAUCAAGCCAUAUAUUCUUAGAUGAUUAUUGCUUGUUAUAAAUCCAUCUUUACUAAUUUUUUAAAAAGGAGUUUAAACCAAGUAAUCCCUUGGGCCUUCUUCCAGCUCCAGCAUUUUAAGGAAACACUAGCCUUGUCUAUGGCAGUCUACAGUAAAAUGCCCCAAGUAGACACAAAGCCCUAUUUUGUUGGGGAAGAGAAAAUUAAUGAUUGUAUUUUCCCACUCUUUGCAACCAAGACAUUCCAAAGUUCUUGAUGUAAUUUUAGGGACAUUAUUCAAAGAAUCACAGAUUCUAAAAGGGACCUCAGUUCAUCUCAUCCAACCUAUACUUGAAUAGCAAACCUUUUUCCUGUCAUGGUUCAAUUCAACAAAUAUUUGGUAAGCAUUUACUUUGUGCCAAGAAUAGUGCCUAAUCCUGGGACAAAAAACAAAAACAAAACAGUUCCUGUCCUCUAUGACUGGACAUAUUUAAGGAUCUUAGCACACAGGUUUUUUUGGAAAUCAAAUAUAGUGUCAGAGGGAGAGGAAAAGCUUUAUAUCAUUCCAUUUUUAGUCUUCAUUUAAGGUAUGAAUUUUUUAAUAGCUAUUGUUUAUAUAGUACUGUAACAUCUGCAAAGUACUUUUCAAAUACUACUUCAUUUUAUCCUCAUAAUCCUGGAAGGUAGAUGCUUUAUCCCCAUUUUAUAGCUGAAGAAACAGGCCAACUGAGGUUAAGUGAUUGAGCUAGUAAGUAUUUGAAGUCAUAUUUGAAUACAGGUCUUCCUGACAUUCUAGGUCUAGUGUUCUAUCUAAUGUGCCACCUAGAUUUUGUUUAUUUCCUUGCUUGAUUAUAAAUGUUUAUUGCCUUUAAUACUCAACUAAGUUAUGAGGGAGUUCUUAAAUCCUACUUGGACUAACAAGACCACUUUACUAUGGGUAUUACCUCAGCAUUCUGAUUGGUAGGAACUACCAGUGCUAUAGGAACUGCUUCCCAUCAUUGGUGCCAGGGUAAUAUAAUGUACUUGGAGCUGGUCCCAGGACCAGCCCUGCUCAUCCCACCCAAGGAUCCAAAUGAAUAUGGAGAUUUGAGACAGGUAUACCCUAAAGGAGGAAACAAACUUCAUAGUCAUUUUCAAAUUUAUUCACCAAAACAGUUUAUAGGCUGCGCGAACAUCUUUAGCUACUGUAAACCUUAAAAUUUCUUAGACUUAUAAAUGUUGGAAAUUUCACCAUUGGGAAAUUUCAUACUUGAAAAAUUUCCUACUGAUAGUCUAUUGGAAUGUUAACCCCCUUGGCAUGGGAGGGUCUUUCUCCUCCCUACUUAAGAUUACUUUAGGACAGAAACCUUUUGCUGAACAAUGGAAAGGGCUUUGACCUAUGCUUAAGCAUAGAACAGGAAGUUCUUUGAGUCAUGAUUGAUUUUAGAAUUGAUACAAUAGAGAUACUUGGAAUGACAGAACCAGGUCUUGGAACUUCCAAUCUCCACCCUACUCAGAGUAACAGGAUUUAGGAAGGGCUGCAGCAAAGGAUCAAGAUUUAAUUAUUUGAGAAUAUGACCUUCAACAGACAUGUGCAAAGCCACAGACCUCUGGGCGGUCCUGGGUUAAGCUAGAGCCACCAUUGGCAUAGGGAAGACAUGGACAGUGAUUGGUAGAUGUGAGAACUGAGGGGAGGGAACUUGGAUGGUUUCCUUAAAGAUAGCAGGGUCUGAGGACUGAGGGAGGUUGGAGAGGUUUUGCUCUGAGAGGUUGUGCUCUGAGAAGCUUGCUCUGAAGGAAGCUGGAGGUGGAGGCCCCUGAGACUGUUUCUCCAUUUUGGUCACGUGAGUGAUAGGGACUGAUCUCUUUUCUUUGCCUCAGCUAUCUAAGGACUUGGGCCUUUUGGCCCAGCCUAAACAGAGGGGGUAAUUAAGCCCUAUUCCCUUCUCUCUCUCUCUCUCUCUCUCUCUCUCUCUCUCUCUCUCUAAUACCUUUCUUCCUCCUGUUUGUAAUUAAAAACUCCAUAAAAGGUUGACUGCUGACUUGAGUUUUCAUUUAGGAAUUACAUAGCUGAAUUCCUUGGUGACCUUAAAUUAAUAUAUAUCAGUCCUUUAAGGUGAUUUCCUUGUCACACUACUCAUCUCAAAUCUUUAAAACUUCCUAAGGCCCAAUUCUGUAUGAUCUUUAGGAAUGUAUAAUGAUUCAUAUGGCCUUGCUAGCAUUCAUUAGGCCCUAAUCCCUGUGGUCCCUUUUUAAGGAUGGAACAUUUAGCUCACUGCUAGGUCCUUCUAGUGUUGUCCUUCAACUUUUUAGCAGCCACUGUCGACUCUCCUUACCAUCUUUUGUCUAUAACUUUAAAGAUAAUGUUUAUGUAACUUUAUUACCUAUUCUUUAGCCUGAUCUUUCCAUAUCUACUCAUUUGCCAUGCUCUCUUCUCUCAUUCAGACAGCUUCCAGGGUGUUAUUUGGGGACUAGACUACUCAGAUCUCAAUGUAUGUCAGAAGUAGUCCUGGCUUCUACUUUUGCAAUCAACCGAUGAAAAAUAAUUUGUUUAUCUGUAUUAUGGACAAAUACUUCUUCCUUCAAAAGGAAGAUGAACCCAUGAGGCCACCAAUGUUGUGAAUUGACUAUUUCCAAUGAGAAAGAACUGGUUGCUAAUGUGGAAACUGGGAAAUUUGGAAACUUUCUGACCUGUCCCUUUCCUACCUUUCCAGACUUCUUUCACUUUCUUCCCCUCUAUAAAUGCAUUAGUUUCCAGAUGUGCCUUUGUCCUAGCUGUCCACUUAUGACUUGAAUAUUCUUCUUUCUCAACUCUGCUUUGGAAAACCUGGCUUCUUUCAACAUUCAACUAAAAAUUUUAGUGGGGAGCAUUUUCUGGUUCUUUCUGGCUCAUAGAGCCUCUCUCCUCUGUAUGAGCUUCCUCUUCUGUCCUCAUCUCUGGUCACUCAGAAGCCUUCUACCACUGUCUCCUUCUUUGUCCCUGCCUCACAUGAUGUUAUUGCCUUACUCCUUACCGCAGCUAACUCUUCUUCAAGUGAUCCCAUUCCAUCCCAUUUCCUCCAGCACACUGCCCUUUCUGUCAUCCCCAUUCUGUAGUUGACUCUUUCCCUAUCCUGAAAAACAAACAAACAAACCUCACUGUUAUGGAUGCCCUGUCAUGAGCCCAUCUUUUCCCCAAUCCCUAUAGGAGAAAAGGCCAUAUUUUCUUCUGGAAUGAUUCAGGAAGACCUGAGUUUAAGUCUGCCUGUCAUUUAUUGUGACCUGUGACCCUAGUCAAGUCACCUAACCUCUCUUAGCUUCCUCAUCUGGUAAAUGGGGAUCAUAAUAGCACCAACCCCCAAAGGUAUUUUGAGGAUUAAUAAUAUGCUUGUAAAACAAUUUGUUAAUCUUAAAGUGCUAUAUAAAUGCCAUCUAUGAUUAUGCUGAUGAUACUUAUAAGACUGAACCAGUGGCUAGACACUCCCUUGUCUUCCCUCUUUUAAGCCCACACAAACUCUUCAGCCACCAUAUGUUCCAUCCUAACUAUUUUUUGCCCCAGGUGAAGGAAUUCUAAUUUCCAGAUCGAAUACGACUAGGCUGGUUAUAGCACAACAUAGUUUUGGAUACAGGAACUUUCAAAGAUCCUCUACUAAAACUAGGGGAUGUUGCAAUCUUCACUGCAAAGAGCAAAACAAUGAACUCUCAAGACCUCCUUUUAUGGAGGACUCAGACCUCUAACUUCACUUUCCAGCAGCCGCUCUGCUUGGUUUCAAUUCUAUGCACAUAUCCCAGCACAAGGUAUCCUCUUGUAGUCCUCAUCCUCUUCCCUCCUUUUUAAUUUUUUGUGUAUUGUUUUCCUCCAUUAGAUCUUUUUCUUAUUUGAUUACCCAGUGUUUGGUACAUAAAAGGCACUUAAUGAAUAUUUGUUGACAAUUUUUAGUUGUCCUUCAGUGGUGGUAUCCAAAUGUAGGUUGAAUGACCAUUUGUUAAAAGUGGGGCAGAUGGAAUUAAUGCUUUCAGUAAAGACUGAAAUUGACUUUCCCCAAGAUGGCAGAGUUAGCUAGUUUGUAACAGAGCCUGGACUAUAUCAUCAAAUAAUAAAGUAUUCUAGUAAAUGAAGUUCUGAAGGUAGAAAUCUUGUGUCCAGUAGCCAGGAGAUCCUUGGAAGCUCUGAGUUUUCAAGCAAGAAACCCAAAGACCAGUUGUCUAUGUUCUGGGUCUGGAGAUUAUAGAACUUGUUGUGACUACUGAAAUCACAAUGACAACAAUAAUGAUAGCUAAAAUUCAUAUAAUGCUUUUUGAGGUUUGCAAAGUGCAUUACACACAGACAGUACCUUCUUUUGUUCUCACAACAACCCUGUAGUCUUCUGCCAAAUAACAAUAACUAACUCUAACUUCUCACAGGCUGAUUCUUGACUGUUGUUUUUCAGUGUUCAUUUUCCUGCCCCAGUUGCCUUGUAUACUAUGUUGCUAAUUCCCUUUCUGUUUACAUUGUAUUACUUUCUCAUGCUUCUGUCCUACAGGCCUCAUUGUUUCUGAUUGCUGGUAGGCAUCUACCAUGAUUUUUAGGCCCCUUUUUAAUUAUGUAGACUAUGUUAUCAAUAAAAUUUGAGACCCUUCUUGGAUAA